AUGUCGAUCCAUUUCUCAGCCUGGCUUGGUAUUAUUCUGGGUGUAUCAUGCUUUGUAUUGGGAUAUUUAUAUUCACUUUUUAAUUAUUUGCAACCACAAAUGAGUGGGUCAAGUUCUACUCAAUUUAAACACGCAAUCCAUGUUUAUAAAGAUCAAAUACAGAAAAACAAUGAACUUGGUUCUUCUUUUUCUGUCUACUAUCGUGGGGAACAUGUUGUCGAUACGAUUGGAGGUUAUGUAGAUAAACGAUUUCGACUGCCAUGGGUAACUUCAACUAUUAGCCAGCUGUUCACUGUGUCUAUGGUUGUUGUUCCUUUCUCAUUCGCUAAGUUGUACCAAGACGAACUUCUGGAUAUUGAAUCUUCGAUACAACAUUAUGUUCCUCAAUUCGUGGUUGCCAAUGUUACUGUAUCUGAUUUACUCACGCAUCAGUCCGGUUUUCCAUACUUUGUAGGUCACGCAUCCCUAGCAAAAUGGAGAGAUGACCACAGGAAUGCGCUGAAUGACAUCAUUAAUCAGAUACCUCCUGUCCUACCACGAACUCAAGUGUUUCAUCUACACUCAAUGGCCUUAUUGUCUGAUGCAAUCGUGCGCAAAGUAGACCACAAGAAACGGACACUGGCACGUUAUUUCAUGGAAGAAAUCGCAUGGCCUCUUGGUUUAGAUAUGCUUAUUGGGAUUCCACGUACCCAACUAUAUCGUGUUGCACGAACAUAUCACGCCAAUGCUUUAAGUGUAUUUAGCGCCAUUUUACAUUUAGACGUGACAUAUCCGUGGAAAAAUCUGGUCACUGCUGGUUGGCUUCCGUACUCAAAAGAGCGAAAUAUGGCGUUGAACGUGUUUGAUGAUUAUGAGCUUUAUUAUAAUUGGAACCCUGAUCUUUUGGAAAUCCCACUGGUUUCAUCACACCUGUUCACAAACGCACGAAAUCUGGCUCGUCUGUUUACUCUUUUGGAAAACUCAGAUAAAUUAACGAAUACGACGGUAUCAGACAAUAUACCAUUCGUCUUCAAAAAGUCGAUACGAAAUUGGAUGCUACAGGUUGUUAAUACAUCUUCUUAUGAUCCAGUUCUUCACCGGUAUUUAAAACUCAGUUCGGCAGGCUUUAUGGUCACGAAUUCACCAAAGAAUACCUUAAUGUUUGGCAUGUGGGAUGAUAUUCUUGGUCAAGGAGUUUUUAUUGAUCCUCAGCUACAACUAACAUGGGCCUAUGUGACUAAUCAUGCACAUGCUCGAUCUCUUAACAAGGAUUUUAUUUUAAAUUCUUUGAUUGAUUCUGUUUAUUCUUGCAUCAAGGAAUAG